AUGAACUCACGCGGUCGUGGCGUGGUGGGCUUUCGCGGUGGCCGUGGCGGUGCUUCUGGCCCCUCAGCACUGGCACGCAGCAGCAGUGGCCGUGGUGGCCGCGGCGGUCGUGAAGGUUUCACGCGCGGCCACAGCCGUGGACGCGGCGCUGCUGGCCGCCCAAACACACUCACUGCGACGUCGCUGGAUGAUAGUGACGAUGACGGCAACGACAAGAGGAACGGGGCUGCAACGGCCAAGAAGGCGUCAGACGGAACAUCCGAUAAGCGCUCUACGCCCCGUCCCCAGCACCAUGUUGUGACGACGGUGACGGAGAGCGGCACAGAGCUACCCAAGAAGCUGAACAACAAGGUGUUCAUCGACGGCCUGCCGUACGAGAGCAAGACAACGUCCGGUUCAUUAAGCCUCGAGGAGGAGUUGAUGCAGUUCGCGACCGCGUGGAAGGUAGGCAAGCCCCUGCGCCUCAUCAAGAAGGACGGGCAGGGGUUUGGAUUCCUGGUGUUCCACUCUCCACACAGCGUCGAUGUGGCGGUGCGUGUGCUAAAUGGCCGAAAGUUUCUUGGCCGCACGCUGCGCGUGGAGGUGCCGAAGCUGAAAGACAUGGAGCCAACUGUCGACAGCGAGCGCGACGCGGGCAAGAGCAGCUAUGCCCGCCAGGUGCUCCUCUCCGACCUCGCGAAGGUCGCGCAGCCGGAGAUUAUUCGUGAGAUUCUGCGUGACGUGGCGCCGCAGUUAGAGAAGCGCCUCGAGUCUAUCAAGAUGACAUCGAAGAACCGCAAGGCGUUCCUUACAUUCCUCGCGGAGAGCGAUGUGGAGCCCGCGGUGAAGUUCCUUGACGGCUUCGCCAUGUUGGGCCGCCGCACCACCGCCACCCGCGCUGCCGCGCCGGGAUCGUUGCCGUACUCGAAGGUGCCGCACCGCAACACAGCGACAGGCAAGGACGAUAGUGACGGGAUCAGCAACAACAACAACAACAACGGCGAUGAUGAUAAUGAUGAUGACGGUGCUCCAGUGUUGCCGUUAGGGGUGGAGCCACUGGCGUCCACACGGCAGGUGGGGAAGCGCACGGAGGUGGUGAAGGCGUCCAAACAGGGGAAGCUGAGUAACGUGACGGGUGUGACGGAGAAGUACAACCUGCUUGACAAGGGGCCGGCAGAGGUGUUCGUCGGCAAUCUUGGGGAGGAGAUCACACAGGAGCAGCUUUGCAACCACUUCUCUGUAAGCGGGAAGAUCAAGAGUUGCGAGAUCCUCACUAACAAGGACACGUGCCUCCCCACUGGAAUCGCACGCAUCGUCUUUGCGCUGCCAGCCUACGCGGCCCACGCGCAGCAGCACCUGCACGGCUCACGCCUGCAAGGCCACAUCCUCCGCGUUGACCGCGGCGAGGAGGCGAGCGCGCCGCUGGCGUCAGAGUUGGCGCCGCCUGAUGAUGAGGAGGAGAUUGACGAGGAUGGUUACAUGGAGCAAUACGGUGUGACCGACAAGGCAGCAUACUUCAAGGGGACCUCAUUGGAAGAGAAGCGUAAGCGCAGCGCUGGCGGCAACAGCAGCACCAGCGUCAGCAGCAAGCGCACGAGAGAGGACGGAGCUGACAGCAAGAAGGCGAAAACGAAGACACGAACGGAGGAGUUUAAGGUGUCUGGCUCUAUACCAGUGUAUGACGACGAUGAUGACGAUGAUGAGGAGCGUUUCCUUGACGUGGAUGAUGUGGGUGUACCGACAACAUCGGCUUCAGGCGGGCGGCGCAGCGCAAAGAAGCGUCCAGUGGCCGCCAAGCCACAAAAGAAAGCAAAAAAGUCGUCGAAGUGA